AUGUCCUCAUCCAGCGAUGACGACGAAGUCGAAUCCGUCGCGCCAAUCGAGCUGAGCGAAUACGAGACCGAUUUUGACCGUGAAUCUGAUCUUUUCUACGAUUCUAAUUAUGAAUCAGAUACGGACUCUGAAUGGGAACAUCAUCGUCUGGCUUGGCACCACACGAUGGCAGGCCCGAGCUGCGGUCUGUGCAGAUUCGAAUUCGAAGCCGACGAAGACUUUGUUGUUUACAAUCCGGUCAGUCACCGCUACCCUCGCAUUUGGAACGGCACGUACGUACUGGGGUAUGAUAGGUACUUUGCAAUAGAGCUCGGGUUCCACCACGGCUGUGUCGACCUACUAAAGCCCAAGACUUUGGUCAACAACUGGACGAACAAUCUUUCACGAGCUACAUCCGGUCCACAGGAUCAUUAUCUGCCUCCUGUAUCUUGGAAUAAGCGUCGUGAACGGUGGAUCAGGGACUCAAUUGCUGCCGAAUUGACACAAGCUAUCCGUGGUCGUCUCCCACAAGAAAUAUGUCAAUAUAUUGCGAGCUUCUGUAUCCGUGAACGCGCAUGCCUCAUUCUACGAGAUCUGUGGCUGGACCCUGCUCGACCCAAAGGUUGGCUCAAAUAUCUCACCAUCGGGAGGAACAAGUCUGUUUGGGCCCAGACUAUGGAAGUUGAAGGGCUACGCUACGUCAGAUCUCUAUCGACCCGUCGUCUCACGGAACAGGAUACCUUGGUCUACAAGGCCAGAUACAGGAAGAAGAGUGCUCGCAACAGACCUGAAGCUUGCCUAAACAUCUAUUACUCUGAGGAUUACGGGGGAAUCCGUGAAGUGAUCAUCACAGAAGACAAUGAGAUGCCCACUUUGAACAUGGAGGAACCGGGUCUCUCUUGGUCCAUCCAUCGUCACCAAAAGACGCCUCUGCGAGUCAAACAAAAUUACAAAUUUGACGAGAGGCACGAAGAAAGAGCUUGGGGAGUUCUUCCAAAACACUUUGAUUCCUUUCCGCAAAUUCCCCUGCCAAUGUAUUUACAAGCCAAUGACCGCAACUACUACGAAUCUGUUCGUGCUGUAGACUGGAACUCUCCAGACAUCUGCGGUUACUCCUUUUGCGUGGAUCAAAACCUGAUUCGAGGCAUAGUUGCGCACAAACUUGGAGAACCAGAGCCAAAGGCGAGGGACGAGUACAGCAAAGCUGAAGAAUUAUGGUUUCAUAUGCCAAUCGAUCCCGAUGAAAGAAUCUCUGAACUCUGGCUUCGCAAGGGAACGGAUCCAAUGGUUGCGAGCAGACAGAUCGAGACACUCAUAGUUCGAACUAACACGGGGCGUACCUUCACCCCUGGGCUCGAUACUUCCUGCAGCAUUCCUGUGGAUGGAACUCUCAAGUUCACGUACAAGGCAAUUGCAAUCUUCCCUCCAAAAGGAACUUCUCGCAUGUUUUACUGCAGAGCGAAUUGGUUGUGGGAAUACCUCGUGUUCGAGCAGGAACCUGACCUCGGUAACAAGGGUGACCUUCAAGGCGUGGUUGCAUGGGAUCAACAUGAGAUUCAAUAUUCCUUCCCUCCCCCUAAUGGGUCGAUUGUCUACCUCGAAAGAUGUGUCAAAACAUCAGCGAGUUUGAGCGACGUCAGGACCAUCGCCCCAUGCCGAGAGUGGUCGGCCACAUUCCGUGGUGAAGUCGUCGGGCUGUUAUUGACAUAUUGUGAUGGUCGUCGACGAUCCCUCGGACAAGUGCGUCUUGAUUGCCUGGAACCCCCCUUGUCAGUCUCCUCGGACUGUUUCUGGAUUGGCUUUGCGAAGCACUGCAACGAGGAUGCUCAUUUUCUCCCAUGGCUUCUGAGGGUCACCAGCAUUCAAUUGUCUGAGCCGCUGACGAAUAGGUCUACUACUUACAUCAAAGUCCCCUGUAGCGGAAGACUCGAGUGGGCAGCUUGUGACUGGAUUAAUGCUGUCCGACAUGUUGAGGAAGGGGAGCCAUGCGAUGAAGAUGAGAUCAGCCAAGUCAUGGCCGGUCGAAAGGGAGUAUUGGAGUACGCAAGCCCAGAGAUCAAGACAUUUGCUGUGCCAAUUCGUGUCAGGGAGAAUAACCCUUGA